GCUGAAGGAAGGAGUUUGAAGGACAAAGGUUGCAAUAAUAACUCAAGUUAUCAGACACUCCCACACUACGUAUGCAUAUAUAAUCAAUUCCUCUGUAUGAGCCAUUCUCUGUUUCACAGUUGAAUUUACCAGGUGGACGAUACCAACUGACCAGCCAUGGCGUUUGUUCCAGCUCAGGGAUACUAUCCAUUGUACAAUCCAGAUAUCCCCUGCCGAAGUCCCAUUUAUGGCGGCCUACGCCCUGGGAUGGCCAUCUACAUUACUGGCAAGGUUUCCAAACACUCAAACUCUUUUGCAGUUAAUAUGGGUUGUGGGCAGUAUGACGGCACAGAUAUUGCCUUACAUUUUAAUCCCCGCUUCGAAGGGAGGGACACAGUCGUCUUUAACACCUUCCAGUCCGGUUCCUGGGGGGGUGAGGAGAGAAAGAACGAAGGCAUCCCUUUCCGCAGAGGGAAUCAUUUUGAGAUGGCCAUUUUGGUCCAGCCUGGAAGCUACCAGGUUAAUGUCAACGGAAUUCCAUUCUAUGAAUUCCGCCACAGGAUACCUAUGGAACGGGUACAAUGUGUACACGUGGCUGGAGAUGUAAAGAUCCAAUCCAUCACCACUGUUGGAGGUGGGGUAAGUAGUGAUACUUGGAGCAACUACAAUACCAUGAAGCAGGUAGAAGACAUAUUAAUAAGAUACUUUGGGGCGCUUACGGGUGGUCCUGCUUACCCACCAGGAGGGGCGAUGAUACUGCCAACUUACCCAUCUAUGACCCUACCUGUAAUGGAAACUCCCGUUUAUAACCCGCCAGUUCCUUAUUAUACAAACAUACCUGGAGGAGUGUCACCCAAAAGGACCUUUAUAGUGAAAGGAUUUAUACCCCAAGGAGGGCAGAGUUUCCACAUUAACUUUAAGUCUUCGAGAACUAAUGACAUUGCCCUGCAUUUCAAUGUCCGCCUGAACGAAAACGCAGUGGUGAGGAACAGUUUACUGGGCGGAAGCUGGGGCAAUGAGGAAAGGAGCGCUCCAUUUAAUCCCUUUAAAGCCGGCCAGUAUUUUGAUAUUUCCAUCCGCACAGGCAAUGGACGCUACAAGAUAUUUGUGAAUGGACAGCAGUUCUGUGAAUACACCCACCGCUUCCCCAACGUGCAGAUGAUCGAUACCCUAGAAGUUGGAGGAAAUAUCGUCUUGUCACUUGUACAGAUUUAAAGCAUGUGCCCACUUCAUAGGGCAGUAUGCAGCAAAAUACAGAAAGUCUGCUUCAUUUCUAAAUUAUAUAUUCUCGCUAGGCAGAAACACAGGUCAAAUGUUAUCUGGAGCCAAUAAAAAUAUAUUUCUCAAAUAAA